CAGACACCUUUUGAUCACCUGCCCAAAUAGAGCCCUUAGAUCCAAAAGACUCGUUAUUUGAAACCCAUAGACCGCUUUUUGGCCGUAGGAAGCAUACAUUUUGCCUCUUCUCGAACUACACGAAUUAUGGGACAGGAGCACAGCAAGCCCCAGCCUCGGUACUACGAAGAGAAGUACAGCGCUCUUUCACGACGAGCGAAGAGCUUGGACGAAGAGAUGGAGCGUAGCAUCAUAGUUGAGAAGUCGGGUGACACAUAUGAAGAGCCACAUGAUAGACAGACCACAGUGUCGCUCUCCAAAACGACAUCCUGGAUCGAAACCGUCUUGCAAGACCCAAAGAACCGCCUUGCACUCUCUGCGCUAUCUACUCAAGAUCCAAAAAUAGCCCUUGAAAAGCCUUCGACCAUAGUGAGAGACACGCAAACUUUCAAUGUCAAGAUACCCCUUGAAGGAUCGCCAGUUACCAAUCAGAGAAGUUCGGGACGAUGCUGGAUAUUUGCAUCAACGAAUGUAUUUCGGGUUUCUAUCAUGAAGAGAUACAAUCUAGACAAGUUUGAGUUAUCGCAGCAAUACUUGUUUUUCUGGGACAAGGUUGAGAAGGCAAACUUCUUUCUGGAGAGCAUCAUAGAGACAGCAGAUGAGGAGGUAGAUUCUCGUUUGGUCAGCAGUCUCAUGUCGAGUCCAGUCGGUGAUGGCGGACAAUGGGACAUGAUUUCCAACCUCGUGUCUAAGUAUGGCCUGGUGCCACAAACGCUCUACCCAGAUUGCUGGAACGCCAUGCACAGCUCGACCAUGGACGCGCUACUUACCACAAAACUACGGGAGGAUGGUUUAGAGCUCCGAAGGCUAGCUAGAUCAUCUUCAAUAUCUGCCCAAAAGGCUAUAUCCGAACGCAAAGAGAAGAUGAUGCAAGAGAUAGUUCGAAUUCUCACGAUUACACUUGGUCCACCUCCUGCUGCUUCGGAGCCUUUCUUGUGGGAGUAUUAUACCAAAGAUGGGAAAUUUAGAUCUCUAUCCAUUUCUCCACUAGACUUUGCCGCAUCGCUGAACGACUCUUCAGCCCUGCGAGCAUGUGGAGGAACAGAUGUCCACAAACUGUUCUCUUUAGUCAACGAUCCUCGUAACGAGUACAACCGGCUGCUUACCGUGGACCAUCUAGGUAAUGUGUGGGGAGGCAGGCCAAUCACAUACGUCAAUGUCGACACAAAGACAAUGAAGAGAGCUUGUAUUUCCAUGCUGAAGAAAGGAUAUCCUGUCUUUUUCGGCUCUGACGUCGGCAAGUUCUCAGACUCAACGAAGGGUAUUAUGGAUACCGAUCUUAUCGAUUAUGAACUUGGCUUUAACAUAAAGCUUGGAAUGAGCAAAGCUGAUAGACUGAACACCGGAGAAUCAGCCAUGACUCACGCUAUGGUCCUAACAGCCGUGCACCUAGAUGCAGACGGCAAUUCGGUCAGAUGGCGCGUGGAGAACAGCUGGUCGAACACAGCUGGUACAGAUGGCUAUUUCGUGAUGAGUGACAAGUGGAUGGAUGAGUUUUGCUACCAGGCUGUGGUGGACCCGACAGUAGUCAGCAAGGAAAUUAAUGAUAUCCUGAAGCAAGAUCCGAAGGUACUACCGCUAUGGGAUCCUUUGGGUGCUCUAGCAUAAGUCUUUAGGCAGUUUGCUCAACUUUAGGGGCGAUCACUGGGAACGAAUGUAUAUCUCCCUUGAGACUUUGUACUUCGAUCCAGUAUGCAGGAGUAUCUGCUAUUCACACUUUCACGCACAGCAGCAUAGUUCAGGCUCGAAUUCUUACGACUAAGCGGCCAGUCGCUGUAGGGGAUUUGUGGAACAAUCUGAAAUAAAGUCGUGGCUUGUUCUGAUUCGAAGAGAAUGUCCAAUCCACCAUCGCGCUCUCAAAGUUUUAUAUUCUGUUCAAUUGCUUCAUUCCAAGACUGGACACUCCUUAUUUAAAUUUCGUAACUGCCCGGUAGCCCUAUCAGACCUGUAAGGUAAUAACGGUUGUUUCAAGCCUUUCGCUUAAGAUCGAGCCAUGCCAACACAGGACAUGUAUUCACCAAAUUCAGAAGUAACACGAAUUAUUUGCUUUUGAUGGGAAACUGAUACACAUGUUGCCUGCAAAAGUGAUUAGAAGAUGUCAUGCACAUCUUGGUCUUGCUAUAAGUCUCUUAGACGUCGUCAGAGAUUGACUUCAGAUCUUAGAAGAGCUCGAGGCAGUUACGACGUGAAUCUUUCAAACAUCGGGUUCUAUAGGCGCUGAACUUGCUUGAUAUGAUGGAUUAAAACCCCUCUGUACAAAGUGGCUCUCCAUGAAGUGGUCGAAAAAGGAGGAUGGAGACCGAUCAUCGAGCAGUGUCAUUACGUCUUUCAUGAUUUACAUUGUACAGCUCAACUAUGGAUUCAUCGGCAAUAUCAAAAGGGCAAGCAAAAGAAGAUGCUGACUGAAUCAUUU